GGAAAACCGCUCCCCUUCUGUGGCCCUUCUCCUCUCCAUUCCUAACUGACAAGGAGAACAACAUCUACAAUGGCCAGGUCCAUCAUCAAAAAGUACCAAUACGUCAAAAGACCUGCAAGACAAGCCUCAAGAAAGCAGUCACGCUAUUCCAGCAUCGAUUUUGGCCAAAGAAAUUACUCUCUCUACAUAAACAGGGUCCUGAAGGAAGUUGUCCCCAAGAGAGGCCUAUCAUCCAACACUGUGGACAUUAUGAACAUCCUCAUCAAUGAUAUCUUUGAACGCAUUGCCACGGAAGCCUGCCAACUGAUGUACCUCAAAAAGCGCUGUACCCUCACCCCAGAAGAUAUCCAGAAGGCAGUGUAUCUGCUGUUGCCUAAGAAGCUGGCUAAGUUUGCAGUGAUUUUUGGAAGUGAAGCAGUGCACAGAUUUAUCCACUCUUAAGCUCCAUGCGCAAGCCUCACUGAAACUUGGGGAAAGUAAAUCAAACUCCGAUCA